CCGUAGACAAGGCCACCACUUGUUCCCUUUCGUCUCCAUAUAAAUCCCCACCUUCUGACUAAAGCUGCCGACUGCCGAUCGAUCACUUGGGGAAUUUGAGAGUUAAAGAUGGGCAGAAAUGGCGUCAGAUUGCCUAGCUUCUGCUUGAACAGAAUCAGGCCUCUCGUCCGAGUCCGCUCGGCGCCACCGGUGAAGUUCGGCCAUGACGUGGGUUCAGUCAAAACCAGCCCGGAAACUGAGGAUUCCGGAGAGGUGAAGAAGCCUGCGGCCGCGGGAGUUGGCCGGAAAAUCAUGAUUGUGGUCGAUUCAAGCAUGGAGGCCAAGGGAGCUCUGCAAUGGGCGCUUACUCACACUGUUCAGAGCCAAGACACUGUCGUUCUUCUCUAUGUAAGCAAGACUUCCAAGCAAGGUGACGAAUCCCGGAAGGAGAUGGCUCCACGAGUUGCUGAAUUUCUUCAAUCCAUGAAGAAAUUGUGUAGGCAGAAGAGACCCGAGGUUCAAAUUGAGAUUGCAGUGGCAGAAGGGAAAGAGAAGGGUCCGACCAUAGUGGAGGAGUCCAAGAAGCAAGCUGCGGCGCUGCUGGUUCUGGGGCAGAAGAAGCAGUCCAUGACAUGGCGGCUGCUGCUGAUGUGGGCCGGAAGCCGGGGCGGGGGCGGCAGUGGCGGGGUGGUGGAGUACUGCAUCCAGAAUGCCAGCUGCAUGGCCAUUGCAGUGAGGAGGAAGAGCAGGAAGCUUGGAGGGUACCUAAUCACAACAAAGCGCCACAAGGAUUUUUGGCUCUUGGCUUAAACUUAGUUUUCUUUUGAUUUUGGUAUAAGCAGUUAAUGGUGUAAUCUGGCUUCGUAUAUGCAUUGUGAUUGCUAUAUAUAUAUUGUGGUGUUUGUAAAUAAUGGUCAGAGGCAUAUUGGGUAAUUUAUGAGAAGGGAUUUGGGUACGAUAAUGAAUGGCAAGUGAAGUGAGUGUGAUUAUUAAGGGCAUUAGGGAGGGAACAAAAGUGGGGUCCUAUGGCCAACUUUAAAGGACCCUUCUGAUGGCACAAUUGCUCAAUUAGGGCACAUGGUCCUCUCCUCCUUUUGACCUUAAGUUAAGGCACACUUUUGAUCCAUCUCCAUCAUCUACUCACCACCUGGAACUCCCGUCCCCUCCUUGUCACAAUUCCUCAUGCAAUCAGGUUGUCUCCUCUUUUUGCCAUGGACAUGUACCCUAUUUUUUCAUAUAUCAAAUUAAUGUACCCAAUAU